AAACCAAACCCCCUAACCACCAAUUCUCUCUCUCUCUCUCUCUUCUCUAGGCCUCACCUCCACCACCAGCACCAGCACCACCUCCACCGGACCCCACCAUGGCCCCCGACCAAGACGAUGCCGUUCUCCCCGACCUCUCGUCCUCCUCCCAAGACGACGAGGAAGAAGACGACGUCGUCGACGAGGACGACGAUGACGACGUCGACGAGGACGAUGACGUCAUCAACUCCGCCCUCCCCGUCGCCAUCGCCACCGCUCCUCCCACCGUCACCGUCGCCCUCCCCGCUCCUCCGCUCGCCAACAUCUCCGCCGCGGCCGCGACGACAACGACGGCGGUGAUCGCCGAGGGUUUGGAUCGGAAGCGGCCGCGGACGAUUCACUACGACCCCGUUCUGCUCCCGGCGCCAGAGGAGAAGAAGCCUCCGGCGGCGCUGGACGACUCGCGGCGGCUGUUCCAGCGGCUGUGGACGGACGAGGACGAGAUCGAGCUUCUGCAGGGGUUUCUGGACUACACGACGCAGAGAGGGAACAAAGGAGGAGGCUCGCACCAAAACGACACCGCUUUGUUCUACGAUCAGAUCAAGUCGAAGCUCCAGCUGGAAUUCAACAAGAACCAGCUGGUGGAGAAGCUCCGCCGCCUGAAGAAGAAGUACCGGAACGUCCUCAACAAAAUCGCCGCCGGAAAAGAGGUCAGCUUCAAGAGCCCUCACGAUCAGGCCACCUUUGAGAUCUCCAGGAAGAUAUGGAGCAACAUCGGCCGUAUCGCCGCCGACGACAACGCCCUGGACGACGAAGACGCCAACAAUCCGAAUUUCAGCAGUUUUGAGAUCAAGACCGAAGACGCCGCCGCCGCCGCCGGAUUCCAGAAGUCCACGCCGAGGUCACGGAAGCGCCAGCGGCCGCCGGCACAGCCGAAAACCCCGAGCUUUGCGGAGCCGGCGGCUCUGCCGGUGAUCCAGGAGAAUCAUCACAAUGUGGUUAACAAUGGCGGAGUUGGCGGGGGUAAUUGUGGAAAUUGUAAUGUUCAGGGGAUGAUUGAGGAGACAGUGAAGAGUUGUAUGUCUCCGCUGUUCAGGGAGUUGAUGAGCCAUUCAAUGGGUGGAGGAGGGCAGUCUAGAGGGUUUGGAGGGCUGUCGUUGAAUCCGAUUCCGCUGAGCUUUGGCGGGCCUGCGAUGAAUUUGAAUUUCGGGGGUGGGGAGGCGGCGGAUGAGCAGUGGAGGAAGCAGCAGAUUCUGGAGUUGGAGGUUUAUUCGAAGCGGUUGGAGUUGGUGCAGAAUCAGAUUAAAGUGGCAUUGGACGAGUUGAGGUCCGGUGGAGGAGGAAGAGGAUGACACAUUGGAGGGCAGCUUCAUAGGCCGGGGGAGUUGGAGUAGUAAGUUUGAAUUUUUGUUCAUAUAAAUUGCAGCACCGUAGCUGGAAUCCGCAGUUUCGAGUUUUUUUUUUUUUGCUGAUUUGAUAGAACAUUGAAUAAUGAGUUAUGCUGCUGAUUGUUUUAGUCUUUGAUAGUUUUGUUCAUAGUCUUUAGACAUGUGUAGAUAAUUGAUGAAAUAAUAUAUAGAUGAGAAAGUUCCCUUUCUUUCCUAUACGCAUCAAUGUACAUGGAUUUUAUCUUUGACAGAAAUUGAUCCCGAGUGUUGGGUCUGAUGUUUAUAUUGAUGUGUACCGACUGUUGGAUUUUAUCUCCAUACUAGUUUCUGAAACUUUGCCUGCCA